AUGACUACUUGGCUGGCAACAUCAGCCGCCAAAAUCCAGUCCAUUGACCACUUGUUGAUCAAGAACGCACGUCUCAAGGGGCAAGCUCGCGCUGCAGCCCGACAAAACGGAGUGAGCGAAGUACCUCUAAACGCAUUCAAGACCUUGGUCGACAUCCUUGCGAAGGCCAAGAUCACUUUGCCGACCGAUAUCGAAGCUAUCUUGUGGAGUGUCAUCACCGCUCGCAAAGAAUGUGCAGGGUUCUACCGAGCGAAACCAGAGCGAGAAGCUGGUGAUGAGAUUGAUGAUGAAGGCCAUCAGUUCUUCAUCGAAAUCCUCGAUUACUAUUACCACACGCUUAAAGCGCCGACAGCAGGCAAGACCAAGGAAGAACGCGAGAAAGGAGCAUCUACGAAUAGUCGCACAUCCAACUUCUUCGAACACCUCAGUCUGGUUCAAGAGCAUGCUGAGCCAUCGGGCUACGUGCCUUCGGUGUCGACAGACACGCAGAGCCGAAGCUACCGUAUCAAGGAGUCCACAAACCGAAAGAGUGAAAAGGCCUUUGCGCUUUUCUGUUUCCUCAAAGAUAUGACAGCCAUUCGUUUAUUCGUCCACAAAACCUGGCGCGGAUACAAGGAACGUAGCCUGGCGCUCACCACAGCAGCGACUACCGCCAAUGUCGCAGUUGACAUCUUGCGACGCGUGAACGAGGCCUUCCUCAAAGACUUUCCAGAAUUCGAAAGCCACCACAAAGUGAUCAAGUUCCUUGAGAGCUUCGAAGAACAAGGUACCAGCGGAAUCACCCGGAAAGACGAGAUGGGCUGGUAUGAUCUCGAUGACUUCAAACUGUCACCGCAAACCUUCGUCUGCAAAGAUACUUACAACGUAUAUUUCCGAGACCACCUCUUCGAUCACGACGGCAAGAAGGAAGUGAUGGUAGAUUAUCACUCUGGCAGAAAAACUGCCAGAACCGAGCAGACUCACAUGAGAAGGUGCCUUAGCGUCUUCUUGAGCCUCUCUAGGUCAGCCGAUGUGGGCGCAUUCACACGAGACCAUGAUAUCCUAGCUCGCGCAAUUCAUACAAUCGAUGAGGAGCAAAAAGCAAGCACUUGGAUCAUAUUCGCACUCCAGAUGUUCGUCGACAUGCACCGUGAGCUUGGUGCGGAAGUGCCUCGUGCGCAUAGGGAUCUCCUGGAUGGUAACGCAAGAAUGAGUGGCGCAUUGAGACGGUACAUUGACUUUGCAGAAAACCACGACGGCGAAUGGGGCCGAUAUUUGCACACACAACUAGCCUCCUCAUGGCAUCGCCUUCUUGAGACUCUUGAAAGGGUUGACCAUGUCAGCGACACGUUCAAGAUGCACAAUUCGUGGCUCGGGGGAGGAACCUUGGUGGAUGGCCCGUUCUACCUCGAGAACCAACCAACCUAUGCUGGAUGCACACUAGAGCGUCAUAAGGAAGGUGUGCACCUGUUCGGUGUUGAGGCUGCAAGACAUUCCGAGCAACUCCUGUUCGCCUGCCACAUCUACAAUGCCGGACUCAAGAACGGGCUGUUGCGACGGUGGCCUGACAUGGAAUAUCUUAUCGCCAAGCAAACCGAGACGCAUCUCUUCCUAGGAACCCGUCCGGUCGGUUACGAAGAGUGCGAUAAGCGGCUACUUUUGAUGCGAGGCUUCAGUCCCAGUGUGCUUGCCAAGCACAAGCGCGCCGGCAGGCCAAUGUAUGAGUUGUUCGAGACGAUGGACACGAAGAAGAAUCUUGGCGGCCGCAAACUAGAGAUCUUCUCCGCUUUCGUUAGACAAGCUUCCGCUUUUGACGGCCUAAAGCGGGUAAUGCUGAAGACGGACGAGAAUGGCAAGAAUAAGAACGAGCCGAUCUGGCUUCUGGAGCGCGUAGUCCGGCAUCGACUGGAAAGCAAAUCGAAGACGUCAAAACAUGGCAAACGUCGUAAGCAAGAACUCAGUCCUCUCCAGACACUUGAGACGUACCGAGACGCCAUGAAGGAGGAUGAAUUCCUUCUCAACUUCGACAUCAUGACGCUGGAUCUCAUCGCCAACAAAAUGAUCCAUGUCAUCAAAGCCUGGUUGCGAGACUUUGGAGACUUGAAAGCUAGCUCGGUUCCUGGAUCCAAGGUCAGUCUGAAAUGUAUCCGAGACAUCGCAAUGGCAUCUGCGAUGUUGUCAUCAGCAAACAAGAAGCCGGAGAUAUGGGACGUCCUCGAUCACAUCAUCAGUCGCGUUGGCAACAUGUGUUACUUGCGCGCAGAGGCUCAUCGCGGUACUGUGAACCUUCAGCCCCGCAACCCGGCAUAUGAAGGCCAGUUUCUUCCUACUGCUGCUGUGUUUGGUGGUCCGAACUCGCCCGAGGUCCCUGAAGACUGGCAGAACAAGUGGGAUAUCGUCGCCGGGAAGGGAGCGUAUGACUACCAUGUCUCUACUACGGCGCUUUUGACAUCGGAGCAGAGAGCUAGGGACAAGGAGUGCAAUGAGUUCUUGGAGAAGCUGAUUCCGAUCAAUUAUCCAGACUACAGCCAGGAACAAAUCUGUCGGGAUCUCGGAAUGGAGUACAGGGAUGUCACGCGAUCGUUUCUUGUGCAUUAA